GAAGUAAAGUAAACUGGUUAUCACCAUAAAAUUGGUGACUUGUUUCGUCGGCUUGGAAGUUGAAAUACAUUAAUUAUCUGUUUAUUCAAAUUAUGGCUGUAAACGAAAAUGCUCUUCGGAAAAUGCUGGCUAAGAGUUAUAAAUACAGAGACCUGACCAUUAGGGAUGUCACUAAUGUGACAAAUCAGUACAAGGACCUGAAGACUGUGAUGGACAUUUAUGUGUUCAACGAUGGCAACAACAGAGAGUUACUAAGUCUUACAGGAACUGUACCAGUGAACUUUAAAGGAACUGUAUACAACAUUCCCAUUUGCCUGUGGCUGCUAGACACCUAUCCAUACAAUCCUCCCAUCUGCUUUGUCAAGCCCACCAGUGCCAUGAUGAUCAAAACAGGGAAACAUGUCGAUGCCAAUGGAAAAAUCUACCUCCCGUAUUUGCAUGAAUGGAAACAUCCGGAGUCAGAUUUGUUUGGGCUGAUCCAGGUGAUGAUUGUGGUUUUUGGAGAAGAGCCACCAGUUUUUGCCAGGCCCACCACACAGACCGCUUAUCCAGGAUUCCAAGCUGCUGGUCCACCUAACACUUCCUACCUGCCAAACACACCAAAUACUCCAUUUGGCCAGAGUUACUCUCCUAACCCAGGAGGGUUUCAAGGUUAUCCCUACCCUGCUGCCACUUCUGGAUACCCAGCCACAUCUGGAACACCACACUAUACUCCCACCACAGCUGGAGGUCCCAGUCGUGAUGCCACCAUUGGUGAGGACACAAUCCGAGCAUCUCUGGUGUCUGCAGUGAGCGAUAAGCUGCGCUGGCGGAUGAAGGAGGAGAUGGACCGAUCUCAGGCUGAACUGGAUGCUCUCAAGAGGACCGAGGAGGACCUGAAAAAGGGACACCAGAAGCUGGAGGAGAUGGUGUCCAAACUGGACCAAGAGAUAGCUGAUGUGGACAGAAACGUAGAACUGCUGAAGAAGAAGGAUGAGGAGCUCACAGCUGCUCUGGACAAAAUGGAGCAGCAAUCAGAGAAUAGUGAUAUCGAUGAACUCCUCGUACCCACAGCGCCGCUAUACCGCCAAAUUCUGAACCUGUAUGCUGAAGAGAACGCUAUCGAAGACACUAUCUUCUAUCUGGGUGAGGCUCUACGCAGAGACAUCAUCGACUUGGACGUCUUCCUCAAGCAUGUGAGACUUCUCUCACGGAAGCAGUUCCAGUUGCGUGCUUUGAUGCAGAAAGCCAGAAAAACUGCAGGCCUCAGCGACCUCUACUGACCAACUCAAAGCUCAACACUUCUCUCCUUUUUCUCUCUUCUAUUCUCUUUCUGUUCUAUCUAACCCUGCAGCCAGUGCAUUAAAAACACUUGAACUACAAA